CAACAUUGCCGGCUCGAAGAAAACAGUGCAAAGUAAUUACACAAAUUGUUUAAAUGUGUGUAAAUAUUUAGUGCCGUACAAAAAACUGCAUUUCUAGGGUGCAUCAACAUGUCGAACAUGCUGCUAAGAUUUUCCUGCCGAAGUUUACGCGAGAUGAGUGGGAGUGCCGGAUUGUUCGGAAGCGCCGGAACAAAACUCGCCACCACCAAUCAGGUCCGGUUGCCCAAACAUGCGUCCAUGGUGAGCCGGUUUCAGCACACAACGCGCCAGUCCGAUCCCAUGAAGGGCAAAGGUCCGAUCACGUGGAAAAGUUUCGCAUUUAUUGCCACCGCCGGUAUCGGGGUGCUCGGGUUCAUGUGGUACGUGAAGGACGAGAAGGAGCAGGCACUGAUGCGGGAACGGAAGCGCCAGCUGGGCAAGGCAGCCAUCGGCGGCAAGUGGGAUCUAAUCGACUCCGAGGGCAAUCCGCGCAAAUCGGCUGACUUUGCUGGCAAAUGGUUGCUGAUCUACUUUGGCUUCACGCACUGUCCCGACAUCUGCCCGGACGAGCUGGAGAAGAUGGCGGCCGUGGUUGACAAUCUGGAGAAGGAAAAGGAUGCGGAACCGGUGCAGCCGAUAUUCAUCACAGUCGAUCCGCAGCGUGACACCAAAGAGAUUGUGGGCAAGUACGUGAAGGAGUUUUCGCCGAAGCUGCUCGGUCUUACGGGAACGGUGGAACAGGUGGCGCAGGUAUGUCGAGCAUUCCGGGUAUACUUUAAUCCGAGAAUUCUUUUAAAUGCAUGA